UCUUAUUUGUCUCCAGAGAAACACGUUGGACCAUUUGUCGCCUAAAUUGGUGCAGGAAUGAACGAGGAACUACUUGAGAACGCGGCCCCUGGCCAAGAGCCUGUGGAAGAAGAUGUGGGACAAAGCACAGAGAAGAAGACCAGUGAAGCAGAAAACGCCUCUGAGGCAGCACCAGCACUGGAGCCUUUGGCACCCUCAGACAGACUCUGUAUGAAGGAAAAUCCUAGCUCAGAUCCAGUAGAGGAAAUUCCGGGAGAGGCAAUGGAAGCUAAGGCCACUGGUGGCGAGCCUCCUGUUGACUGGUUUGAGCCACUUGAGGAGGAUGAUGAUGCCAAUAGCCUUGAUAGGAAUGAUGCAGAGGAAGAAAGCCUGGCAGGGGAAAGUGAAAGGAGUGAGAGUGUGUUGGGCACCGAGAAGAACUUGACCAAGAUUUAUCAGCUUCAGGUUCCCCGCCGUAAGCGUUCACAUCCUGAUGAAGGAUGGGUUGACUGGCCAAUACUUGGAGAGGGUUGGAAACGCAAAGAAGUUGUUCGGCGCUCCGGUAGUAGCAUGGGACAGAAGGAUGUGUAUUACAUGAGUCCGAGGGGUGAUCGAGUGAGAAGCAGAGUAGAACUGAUUUCAGUGAUGGAGGGGUUUCUUGACUUGUCAACCUUUGAGUACAAGACCGGAAAGUUCCUCGAUGGCGAAGCACCACCCAUAAGAGUUCGAAGCAGAGCGAAGAGAAAGAUCCGGGAGCGUUCUUCCUCAGAGUCCAGCUGGAUUGACAGAGGGGAUGGAGCUGACACCCCAGACUCCCACCACAGACUCACCCUCAAUCUGGGGCCCAAAAACCUCCACUCCAACCAGACAUAUGUGUCCAUGCACAGUACAAUGGGAACUCAAAACCAAGAGUCUCGCAAAGAGGAUCCACAUGCCGAAGAUAAAAUUAAAAUUCCCCUUCCCUCGUCAUCCAGGCCGGCCCUGCUUCCCUCCAUAAAUGGAGAAAUUGGGUCAGAAGACAGCACUCUGGUCUGUGCCAAAUGUAAUAUUUCCUUCACAGGCACAUGGUAUGACAAACAAAGGAAGAGGCCCUGCUGUCCCACCUGUUGGGCUGCCUCGAAGACAAAAGAGCAUCCGAUGAUUCGUUUCAGAAAGUGGAUUCCUUGUGGACAGUGCGUGGGAUGCCACAACACAGUGAACUGCGGGCAGUGUGCAAACUGCAAGCAUGGACUGCAGAGCCCCGAGUCUCGGAAACGCAUAUGCCGGAAACGGAAAUGUAUAUGUCCUAUUCGCAAGGGCCCUGGAAGUGGAGGCUUCAUGCAGCAGAGGCCGUAUAAUGACAUUACUGAACCAUAUGAUGACAGCAUGAGUUUCCAGAGUGAAGUUACAGACUCACAGCACCCGAGUCUCAAAAGCAGCGACACAGAGAACUUCUCAGUUAAUGUGGACGUUGAUGAUGAGGAUGACAUGUCGACGGACGAUGACGACGAUGUGAGUUUAAAAAAAAAAUAAAAAUUACCCUCUACAAAGAGGAGGAUGUGAUUGCCUAA